AUGGCCCCAACACCCCCGGCCCACACCCACCCCCGGCCCUCACACCCCCGACCCCCAAAACCCCCGGCCUCAACCCCCGGCCCUCAAACUCCGGCCCUCAACACCCCCGGCCACCAGACCCCUGGCCCUCAAAACACCCCUGGCCAUCAACACCCCUGGCCCUCAACACCCCCGGCCCACCCAAGACCUUCCCGGGCCCACAAGACCCCGGGGCCCUCAUUUACUCCGGCCCUCAACACCCCGGCCACCAACACCCCCGACCCCCGACCCCCAAACACCCCCGGCCCCCAACACCCCCGGCCCUUAAACCCCCGGCCCUUAACACACCCGGCCCCUUACACCCACGCCUUAACACCACCGGCCCUUACACCCCCGGCCCUUAACACCCACGGCCUUAACACCCCAGGCCCUAAAACCCCCCGUGGCCCUAACACCCCAGCCCUCAAAAAUCCCUCGCCCUUAAAAUCCCUGCAACACCCCCCGCCUGGACUAAACACCCUACAACACCCACGGCCUCCAAUUACCCGGCACUUUGAACAUCGGGCCGGCCAUGAACAUGCGUUCAACCCGGCUCGCAAGACCCCGGCUUGCAAAACUCUGGCUCUCAA